AUGUUAUCUUUAAUGGUUUCUGGUCCACGACAACCACUAAACGACAUUGAUGUUUAUUUAAGCCCGCUAGUUGAAGAUUUGAAAAUGUUGUGGGAGGAAGGCGUUGAUGUGUUCGACGGGUACGCAGGCUCCACUUUUAAGUUGCAUGCCAUGUUAUUUUGUACAAUCAAUGACUUUCCAGCAUAUGGUAAUUUGAGUGGGUAUAGCACAAAGGGUCACAAAGCAUGCCCUAUAUGUGAAGAAGGCACAUGUCACCAUCAACUUAAGCAUGGAAAGAAAACGGUUUACAUUGGACAUCGAAGAUUUCUUAGUGCAAACCAUCCUUUUCGUAAAUUAAAAAAAGCAUUUAAUGGAUGUCAAGAAAAUGAAAUAGCUCCAACGCCUUUAAGUGGAUUAGAAGUAUAUCAACGUGUAAAGGACAUAAAUGUUGUGCUUGGCAAGACAAAAAAGCAAGCCACAACUACAAACAUAUGGAAGAAAAGAUCAAUCUUCUUUGAUCUCCCAUAUUGGAGGAUGCUUGAUGUGAGACAUUGUAUAGAUGUCAUGCAUGUAGAGAAAAAUGUGUGUGACAGUAUUAUUGGAACACUCCUUAAUAUUCAAGGCAAGACAAAAGAUGGUAUGAAGAGUCGCUUGAACUUGGUUGAAAUGGGAAUAAGAGAACAAUUAGCUCCACAAUCUCAUGGCAAACGAACAUACUUGCCUCCAGCAUGUCACACAUUAUCUAAACAAGAAAAGAGAAGUUUCUGUGAGUUUUUACAUGGUGUGAAAGUUCCGCAUGAAAUUGAAGCUAUAGGGGUACCUAAAACUCGCCACCAUGGAAGAAUUGCUGGUAAAGGUACUCGAAGUGCAAAAGUGGUCACAUUGGCACGACAUGAAGUUAUCCAAGCACAUUUUUAUAUCUUGAAUAACACUGACAUUGUCCAACCCUACCUAAGUGCUCACAAAGACAUUGUAAAGAGAGAUAAUCCACGGAUGCCUGAGAAGUGGUUGAUUAAUGAGCAUAACAAGACUUUCUUAAGGUGGUUCAAAGAAAAAGUUCAAAUUGAUAAUACAAGUUGUGAUACAUUGAAAUGGUUAGCAUGUGAGCCAAACUUUGAUGUCAUAUGUUGGAGUGGAUAUGAUAUUAAUAAUUGUUCAUUUUAUACAAAAUCUGAAGAUGAUAAAAGUACUAUGCAAAAUAGUGGAGUUAUGGUCGUGGCUGAAUCAAUGCAUUUUUCUAGCUCAAAGGAUAAACAUCCUAUUAUGGCUUCAAUGUGUUACUUUGGUGUAAUUGAAGAUAUAUGGAUGAUUGAUUAUACAAGUUUUAGAGUUCCUGUUUUUAAAUGUAAAUGGGUUGAUAGUAAUAAUGGUGUUAAAACUGAUGAUUUGGGUUUUACCUUGGUUGAUUUACAUAAGGCCAAAUAUACUGAUGAGCCAUUCAUCAUGGCAUCUCAAGCAAAACAAGUUUUUUAUGUCAAUGAUCCUUCUAACAAAAGAUGGUCAAUUGUUCUCCAAGGAAGAACUACACAUGGUAGUCAUCCAAAUGACGGUUCAACACUUGAUAUUUAUGAGACACCAUCUUUCUCCACAAAUAUACCAACAUUGGAUGUUGAUACCGAAGUUGAUGAUGUCCAUGCCACACGUGAUGACCAUCAUGAAGGGUUAUGGGAGAAUAUUCCAACAUAG